AUGGUUUCUUCUUUCGAUACGGGAGUAUCAGAUACAUUGGACCCCAUGGCGAUUGUAUCAAACGAUGAGAUACCAUCCGAGGGAGAGGUCUACACGUCGGACACUACUAGCACGGAUGAGGAUGAUUUUCAGCCAUUUGCUCUUCCUGAUUUUGGGGAUGAUAUUCCUAUUGCUGAUGGUUCUGUCGGCGGGGACCUACCUCUUAUUCAGGUCCCUGCUCCUCUCCCACUUGCUGCAGUUCCGGUCGAGGAUCUGCCGCAUGAUAAGUUCGCUGAUGAUGACAUCGAUUUAUUCCUAGAGGGUCCCCCGGAGGGCGACCAGGAUGGUGUGGCCCUUGUGGAUGCCGAUGUCCAUAUUGCUGAUGAUCCCGUUGUCGAUCCUGUUGUUCCCUUGGCUGAGAUUCCUACUGAUGUGCCCAUUGCUGAUCCCGAUGUUCCAGUCGAGGCUCCCAUUGAGGAGGCUCCUUUUGAUCUGUUUGGUCCUUACUCUUUCAAGUCUGUAGCGUCCGCUUCACUGCACGCCCAGGGCAUACAGCCCUAUUCCUCUGACUCUGACUCAGACAUGGUGAUGUCUGUUGCGCCCCUCGUUCCCCAUGACGUUGACCCAGAUCCGGAGGUCGAGUUUUUGCCUGAUGAGCCUGGUCCAGUUGGUCCAGAGCCGAUCAUUGCUCAUGACCCCAUUGUUGCCCCAGUUGUUGCACAUUUGCCAGACCCUUUACCUGAGCCUGAGCAUGUCGAUAUACCAGACAUAGCACCACCCGUCAUUGUUGCGCCCGUCGAUUUACCACCGGUUUCUGAUGUUCCUGUUAUUGAUGCACCCAUUAUCGCAUCGGUAGUACCUGUUUCAGACCCUGUGCAUGCUGACCAUGCACCGUUUGCCGCUCACAUUGAUCCUCGUUAUGCUGACACCCGUAACGGGUGGAUCGAGGAUGAUGAUGACUACCCACCAUUUGUGCUACCCGUCACUCCUCCUGUAGCACCUGUUUUCGCACCUAUUGAGAUUCCAUUGUUCCAUCCACACACCUGUGACGUCCAUCGCACUGAUCUUCCCAUCACAUUCCUCCAGGACAUUCCACCACCUCGUCCUGGGGAGGGUUCAUCGAGGAAGCCGCCUGCUUUUGUUCCACCUGUAUCAGCAUCUGUUCCAUUCAUGUCCCAGUUCGCUCACACUACACCAUCUUUUAUACCUUCGGGCGAGCCGUUUCUGUAG